AUGUCGAUGACAUUGGCCACUACUUGGGUCCGCAGAGGAGUCGCGGCUCAAUUCCCUACAAAAUACCAGGUGGACGAGGCGGAACUGGAUCGCAUCUCCCGGCUGGCCCGCCUGCAACUUGAAGAUGCGCAAGAAGAUCUAGAGAGGGCCCAAAAUCCAAAAGAGGAUGCUGAUGAGUCCCAAGACACAGAUUCAGACAAUGGCGUAUCCACAAUGGAAGCCUCAAAGGCUAGCGAGACCAAGGCAGACGAGGACGACGACCUAAAAGAGUACAACCUCGACGACUAUGACGACGACGAACCGGAUGAACAGACCCAGAAGUUUGCCAUGUUUGGAAAUGUCGGCUCGUUGGCGUAUCAUGCGCCGGAAGAGGAAGACCCGUAUUUGGUCCUGCCAGAAGGCGAGCAGGAAUCAGAAGACGAAAGGGAGGAGCUGCAGAUACUACCAACAGACAAUCUCAUUCUGGCCGCCAAAGUCGAAGAUGAAGUGGCCCACCUCGAAGUGUCUGUGUAUGAAGACGAUGCAGACAAUCUGUAUGUACACCAUGAUAUCAUGCUCCCUGCCAUUCCCCUAUGCGUGGAAUGGAUCAACGUACCAGUCGGGAAGGACGCCGAGAAGCGGAAAGAUGGAAACUUUGUGGCUGUCGGCACCAUGAGCCCAGAGAUAGAGGUGUGGGACCUAGAUGUCGUAGACAGUAUGUAUCCCAACGCUAUUCUUGGCCAGGAACCGGAGACAGCAGCCGAGGGAGAGCAAGAAAUGGAUUCGAAGCAACAGAAGAAGAAAAAGUCGACCAAGAAAAAGAAGAAGCCGAAAGCCAAUGAUGAAUACCAUGUGGACGCAGUUCUUGCACUCGCAGCAAAUAGACAACACCGAAAUCUACUUGCCUCGGCAUCUGCAGACAAGACGGUCAAACUCUGGGACUUGAAUACAGGAAAAUGUGCCAAGUCAUAUACGAUGCACAACGACAAGGUUUGUGCUUUGGAUUGGCACCCAACAGAGUCUACAGUGCUCUUGAGUGGCAGCUAUGACCGCACCGUCGUUGCUACUGACAUGCGAGCCCCCGACGCUGUCGCACCCAGGUGGGUGGUUGAGGCCGAUGUUGAGAAGGUCAGAUGGGAUGUCCAUGAUCCCAACUUCUUCUUCGUUACCACCGAAGCCGGGACAGUGCACUACUUUGACGCUCGGGAAGCCCCAACGGCACAUGACAAGCCAAGCAAGGCGAAGUGGACAUUGCAAGCGCAUGAUGGGGCAGUGAGUGCGUUCGACUUGAAUCCCGCUGUGCCUGGCUUGAUAGCGACUGGAUCAGAGGACAAGAGAGUCAAGUUAUGGAAUAUCGAAAACAACAUUCCUAGUAUGAUUGUCGCAAGAAAUCUCGAUGUUGGCCGAAUAUUUUCUGUACAAUUCGCCCCCGAUCCGGAAGUUGCCUUCAGACUCUCCGUGGCUGGCAGUAGGGGCCAGUUGCAGGUAUGGGAUGUUAGCACGAAUCCAGGUGUGCGAAAAGCUCUCUCAGGAAAGGUCAAAUUGCCCGAAACGGAGGGUAAGGAGAGAGUGGUUGCCAUCAAUGAUAGUAGCGAUGAGAGCGAUGACGAUGACGGAGGCGAGAUGGACGCUGAGGGACGAGACGGCUGGGAGUCUAUGGACGAAGACUGA